AUGAACCGGGCUAUAGUUCCCAUUUGUAUCGCAAAUAGUGGCAGCGCUGGUGUCGCUUCACACACUCUAGUUCCGCUAUUCACCGCUAAUCGCCGCAAUAGGCUUCGGUUGGCCACCGAGUCCUCUAUUUGGCGAAGCGCGUAUACGUCAGCACGCGCCGUAAAAAAAGCACGCAAAAGCGUCGAUCAUGUGAUCAGUCGACACAUCGAAACGGGUCAAGCACAACAGAACGCGGCGUCCCGCUCGCACCCGCGGCGCCGCGCGCAUGGCGUCCCCGUCGCGAGUCGCGCACGUGGUUUUCGGCGGUCCCGCGGAGGGCCACGGCGGGUAGCCGGGGGCGGGGGCGAGGCAGACGGAGGACUAGAAUGCCACAUCCCGUCGCGGCCCAUGCCGACCGGCUGCGUUGCCCGCGGAAAAAUCGCGCGCCGAUUACAAGUGGCUCGUAACGAAGUCGGCCCCGCGGCGAGAGAGGCGCGGCAAAGCAGGCUGAGGGGUGGUCGCGGGGGCGCGCGGGGGCUAGCGAGCGAGGGUGGUGGCGCGGUGGGCCGCGAGCUCUCAGUCGUCCGUCUGGAGUCGCGGCGGCCGGCCGUGCCGCGCGGCGCAAUACACGUUCCUCGUGCUCUUGUGAUUGUAAAUUUAAUAAGACAAAAUUUCAAAAAUAAUAAUUAA